AUAUAUAUAUAGAUAUAGACACACACACUCCUAUAUAAGUACGUAGUAGUAGUAUUCAUUUAUUUAGGCCGGCUUGUGAUCGAUGAAACUAUAUAUACAAGAGAGUUAACUUAGCAGAGAAAAAACUGAUCAUCAACAUCACCAUGACCCCUACCCAACUCAUCAUCAUCAAUGGAAAACCCACAUACCCGUCCCCUCUAAAAAUCAACAAGGACUCCCACUUUAUUAAGAAAAAACCAGCAUCACCGCCGUCCUCCGCCUACUCAUCCUCCGCUGCCGCUGCCAAGCCUCCACACCGCCAACCGGUGAUAAUCUACACCCACUCUCCCAAAAUCAUCCACACCCAACCACGUGACUUCAUGGCACUGGUGCAAAAACUCACGGGCCAAUCUUCGGCUGAUUCCGAAUCCGACCACCCACCUCCUCCUGCGGCAGCGGCGGACCCAAACAAAAACCGCCGCCGGGUGGCAGCCACAACCAGCGAUGACACGGAUUCGUCCUCGGUGGUUACGGAUGAUCAGAAUUGCAGCAGUACGGCAGUGAGGAAUGUGGAGAUCAAAUCUUGUUUUCCGCCCCCUCCCACGACGGCAUUUUAUGAUCCUCCACCAAUUAAUCCUUGUUUCAACAAUAUGAAUAUUCCAUUUUUUCCAUCACCCAUUAAUUCUGGUGAUCAAUUCUAUUCAUCUUCAUCAGCUGCUCAUGGUCAUCAGCCUUUUUUCAGCAACAAUUACAAUGACUCAUUGCUUUUGAUGAAUAACAUGAGAAGCUCCAUCUCAUCGUCAUCGUCAUCAUCUCCCAGCUUUCAAGGCAUGACCAAGGAGUUUCGUGAGUUUUAAAAAUUGAACGAUGACCAGUUUUGAAUUUCGAAAUAAAGAUAAGUUGAGGUAGUUUUGAAUUUGGUUUGUUAAAUUUAUUUUUAUUCAAUUCGUUGUUAAAUUCUUUUUGACUCAGCUCUCUUGCGCGCAAAUAAAUUAAGGAUAUUUAUUUAGUUUUCUUUUUGGAGUUCUUCAAUAUCAUAUAUCGUAGGGCCGGCCGGCAUUUUGGAUUCUCC